AUGAAAGUGAAAGACAGCACUUCAGAGUGGUACUGCAGAACAGUAACGUCAGUUUCUCUCCAAGACUUACACCAAAGACACACAGAAAUGUCUGCAACCUGUCUCGUAUCUGAAGACCAGUUUCUGUGUCCCAUCUGUCUGGAAGUGUUCACUGAACCAGUCACCUUACCAUGUGGACACAACUUCUGCAAGAAGUGCAUCACACAACACUGGGAUGUUAACAUCCAGUGUCAGUGUCCUGUGUGUAAAGAUACCUUUGAUAAAAGACUUGAGCUGCGGGUCAACAUAUUCAUAUCUGAAAUGGCUGCUCAGUUCAGGAAAACAACUCAAAACGAAUCCAGCAGCUGUGUAGUCCAAAGAUGUCCCAAUAUUGGAGAAGUGCUCUGUGACGUCUGCACUGAAUCCAAAGUGAAAGCUCUCAAGUCCUGUCUGGUGUGUCUGACCUCCUACUGUGAGACUCACCUGGAGCUUCAUGAGAAGAUCACUGGCAUGACCAGACACAAGCUGAUUGACCCUGUAGAGAACCUGGAAGACAGGAUGUGUAAGAAGCAUGAUAGACCUCUGGAGAUGUUCUGUAAGUCUGAUGACAUAUGUGUGUGUGUCAGCUGCACUGAGUCAGAUCACAAGCUCCAUCAUGUUGUUCCCUUCACUGAAGAAUAUGAAGCGAAGAAGACCGAGCUGAGAGAAGUAGAGGCUGACAUUCAGAAGAUGAUUCAGGAGAGACAAUUUAAGAUUGAGGAGAUCAAAGAGUCAGUGAAGCUGAGUAAGGAAGAUGCAGACAGAGAGACAGCAGCCAGUGUGCAGGUUUUCACUGCUCUGGUCCAGUCUGUAGAGAGAGGUCUGGCUCAGCUCACUGACACCAUUAAAGAGAAGCAGAAAGCAACAGAGAGACAGGCUGAAGGCUUCAUCAAAGAGCUGGAAGAGGAAAUCUCUGAGCUGAUGAAGAGAAGCUCUGAGGUGGAGCAGCUGUCACACAAUGAAGAUCAUCUCCACUUCCUCCAGAGCUACUCAUCAUCACUGAACACUGCUCCACCCACCAAAGAUUGGACCGAGGUCAGAGUUCACUCAUCGCAUGAGGGGACAGUGAGGAGAGCUGUGGCUCAGCUGGAGGAGACCAUCAGUAAAGAGGUGAAGAAGCUGGGUGCUGAUGUGGAGCUGAAGAGGGUCCAGCAGUUUGCAGUAGAUGUGACUCUUGAUCCUGAUACAGCACAUGCAGCUCUCGUCUUGUCUGAGGAUGGCAAACAAGUUCAUUAUAAAGAUAGCAGGCAGAAUCUUCCAGACAACCCAACAAGAUUUUCCACGUGUUCUUGUGUUGUAGGAAAACAGGUAAUCUAUUCAGGGAGAUUUUACUAUGAAAUUCAAGUUAAAGGGAAGACGGAAUGGGAUCUAGGAGUUGCCAGAGAGACAAUAAACAGAAAGGGAAAACUCAUAACUAGCCCACAGACAGGACUUUGGGUUGUUUGUUUAAGAAAAGGAAAUGAGUACAAAGCUUGUGCUGGCCCUACUGUAUCUCUGACUCUAAAGUCCCAGCCUCAGAAGGUGGGGGUGUUUGUGGACUAUGAGGAGGGUCUGGUCUCAUUUUAUGACGUAGAUGCAGCAGCUCUCAUCUACUCCUUUACUGGCUGUAACUUCUCAGAGAAACUCUACCCCAUCUUUGGUCCAGGUACAAGUGACAACAGUAACUUUGCCCCUCUGAUCAUCUCUCCUGUCGUUCGCAUUUGCCUUCCGUAAGAGCUACAUUGUUUUUCAAGUGACUGAAGCUAUGCCUAAUGGAAUAAUUGCUUAAGUAAUUUUUUGACUUACCAUUAUAAUAUAAAUAAAAAUGUAGAAACCAGCGCUUAGUCAUUUAUCCUGGAUAUCAAGAUUCAAGACUCAAGAUUUUUAUUAGCCAUUUGUGACAGACCACAGUCCAGAUGCAUUGGAAUUCUCGUGCAGGGCUCUCUUGUGAUCAACAGAAAGAAGUAAAACACUUCAAACAAGAGAAUAUAAAAAAUAAAAUGAAAAAGAUAAAAUAUAAAGAGGUAACAGGGCAGAUAUGGAGACUAUAUACAUAUAUGACAUUAGCAGGUAUGGUGUUAUGAAUCUAAAUCCUACUUUUGUGCAAUGGGCCCCUGAUCUGUGAUUGAAGCUUAUAAAUGGUUUGCAUCUUGUGGGGAAGUUUCUGCAAGAGAGUUUUUUUUUCACGUGUUAUGUUUAUUGUUUUUUUGUUUGUUUGUUUGUUUUAUGUUUUGUUUUUUCAUGGAGAGGAUCAUAAGAUCAUCUAGCACACUUUUCCUAUGUGGACAUGAAGACCUUUUGUUGUUGCGAUCUUAACAAUACCUUAUUCUUCUUUGCUCUGAAUGUACCAAACUGAUGACUUGACCACUAAUGUAUCUGUUCUCUCUCCCAUCGAUUCUAUUUUAUUUAGUUUUGCAGGCUGAGGAUGGUUGGUUUUACUCACAGCAGUUUUCCAUUUUUCAGUGUGUUUGUGUGCGUAAAUUAUGUUGAAAUAAAGUGUUCCAUCUCAGGAAUAAAAUGA